UUCCCCCCCUAACACCAGGGCGGCACCGAAAAGCCUUCCACCCCAGUCGCGAAGGUGAUAGCCAUUCUCACCUGGUAACCAGAGUGUCGGUCUCAUCUCGCCCACCACGGCCCAUACACUCUUUUCCAGGGACCACACUGCUGUAAAGACAACAAUGUCGAACAUGUCGCGCAAUAACUCGGUCAACAGCCUCAUGGGCUUCUCCGUGCACCAGCCUCAGCUUGGUGCCAUGCUCGAGUUCUUCCCUGCCAUGGGAUCUCAGCAGCUCGACGAGAUGAUUGACGCCUACGUCCCCGGCAACCUGUCCAUCCUGGACAAGCGCACUGCCGUCACCAUGGAGUUCUUUGAGCACUCCAUGGCUACUGGCGAGCUCUUCAAAUUCUUCAUGGUGACUCCUGCCACCGUCGCCGAGUCUCCCGCCAGCUCCCUGCAGGACUCUGGCUACGGCUCUGCCUUUGCCUCUCCCGUGGUCUCUGAGCCCCGGUGGUCCGCCUCCACAUCCAAGAAGGCCAGGAUAGGCAACGCCCGUAGCGCCGCUACCCCGACUGCCGACUUCUCUCACAUUCCCGGCAUGAAGAUCAUGACCCGUGAUGGCCAGGACGUAACAAAUGCCGCCUCCAGAGGCUGCAAGACGAAGGAGCAGCGGGAUCACGCCCACCUCAUGCGCAUCAUGAAGGCCUGCGAAAGCUGCAAGAAGAAGAAGGUGCGGUGCGACCCCAGCCACAAGCGGGCAGCUAUCCCUGCUGUGAGCGACUCCAAGGUAAAGAAGGCGAGCAAGAAGUCUGCCUCAUCAUCUCGGACGAUAGCAGCAUCGGUACCACCUAUAACGACAGCACAUACGGCAUUCAACGCUUCCGUUGACACCUUCAUGCCGUCCUUCGAUGUUGCCGAGCAGGACAGCUGGGAGCAGUUCGUCACGUACGACGUGGACGACUUUGUCGCCGCCCCCGGCCUGGAUGUCAACUACGACUUCUUCUAUGACCCUGCGGGCCACUUCUCCCCGAGCGCAAGCUUUGCUUCCAGCCUCAACUCUGGGUCCAGCUCCAGCUCGGCCUCUCCUUCGCAGCCAUUUACCCCUGUGCAGGCCACCGUUAUCUCCUCAGCGGCUGGGCUUGCCGAUGGCAGCUGCUCGAAGGAUGCAGAGACUUCUUACAGCUCUGCUGGCGUUGGUGACGUUUCUUCAGCAUCGCUGCCCUACAUGAACUCUGGAGAGUUUGACACUAGCCACUAUGUCGACUUUGCGCUCUACUCUCCUCAGUCGACAGCCAGCUUGGAUGAUGACCUCAGCAGCUACAGCCACGAGCUGAAGGCUGCUUCGUCCUCGCCAGAGGAGAUCAGCGUUGGAGGCGCCCACGUUCAGAGGCGCUCCGUUUUACGCAGGCUCAGCAGCUCAUCUUCAUCAGGAGUCGUUGCGUCAGACAGUGGUGUCGAGUCACGCUCAGCGUUCGCCCCCAUGGACCAGUAUGGCUUUGAUCGUGGCACAGCCCAAGAAGCCCAGCUGAUAAGUGGAGUAAGUCACGGCCAACGACGCCGUGUACUCUCUGUCGGGCAGAAUGACAAGGACAGUCAGCGGGCAAUGAUUGCCUCACAAGACCUGUCCUGCUCUGGCAUGCCUCGCUUGGAUGAGCCGUUGGUUCCUCGUGGCCAACAGGAUAUACCACGACCACCAAACAUGCAACAACGCGACGCCGUAGCGUUCGCCGUGAGGGAGCUCUCUCCUGUCCAUUCCCUGGCGCACGUGCCCCCGAAUAGUAUUGGGUCGGACACGAACAUCCGUAGCACACUGCAACAACAACAAUCGAUGGUUGCUGCUGUAACCCAGUCACCAUCACAAGACCGCAUGCGACCAGAUGGUCGUGUUGCAUCGUCGUUUAUGGCAACCGAGGAUUGCUCUCAUGGGGUCCAUGAUCACGGCCACGUGCAUGGCGUUGACCAGGAGAGCUUUGUUGUGAAGAUUGCGAACAGCGAUACUACCAAGACCACGACGUCCAACACGAUGACCACGACCAUUGCGAACACAGUUACUGGAGUGGUUCAGCAGACAAGGGCGACUCCUGCCGUCACAACAAUUGCCAACCAUUGGGCCGAGCUGGUUCAUAUGGCCAGCGUGCAACGACGCCUGACCACUCAUGUGGCAACACAACCCGUGCCUGCUGUAACUGCUGAUUCUUACAGCACACCCUCCAGCAGCCAUAUCCUUGAGCCGCAUGUCGGCCAUGCUGUAAGCAGCGGCGGAGUUCUGCCGCUGUCCCGCAGUGCGGAUUCGACCAAUCUUGCACAAUCACUGAUGGUGCAAACAACGGAGGCUCGUGAGAUGUCUACCGUCCUUGCGCUCGUCAUAAUCGCUGUCUUCACCCUCAGCGUUGUCCUUGCCGCCCGGCCUCAUGUCGGACUGGCGACCAUUCUCGCUAUGUCGGCAACAACCGUACAGAGCUCAAGAAGCUUGAUGAAACUGCGCCCCACCAGCCCAGGACCUCACAAGCCCACUACCACCUCCAGUGAUGCUUCGGCAUCAUCAGCCACACUUUCUCCAAUCACCUGGCGCGACGCACCCGCUGUCUCACGGCUGGGUGUCACACUUCGCAACAUCCAGAGCACCUUGACGGGUUCUACACGGAAAGCAGGCGAUUUGGGGACCCCGAAUACCCCAGCCGCUCUGGCGCAAUCAGCAGCCCAGUCCAUUAGGCAGAACUCUUCGUUCUUCACGACUGGUCUUGUUGCGCUCAGAUAAUGCUUGCCAGCCUUGUCGCCACAUACUCUAGGUGGACCCCCCGAGUGAUACCGGUGAAAUAUUGCCUUUGUCUUACAGAUAGCGAGCGUUGUUUUCCCAAAAUUUUGCAUUUCUAAUGCCUGGCCACCAGGCUUAUUGCCAUUGCA